UGACUUUUUAGCGAAUCGCGUUGCAGAGAAAAUAUUUGAAACCCUGUAGCAACAAGAUUUCACUCCCAGGUUAUGACUUUCUCGUCGUCUGCUCAACAUCCUCCGUGUGUGUAUACAGCUGUAGCACGCGGGGUAAAUUUCAAAGUCCAUCUCAUUAAUCAGAUUCGAUCCCAGAAUUCGAUUGUGAUUCAAAAAUUGUAGAUGAUUGAUUUAUUUGUAGAACAAUUAUGAUACCCAAAUUACAGGUGCUAUUUUAUUCUAUUAUCGGUCCUUGGCAGAUCGACCUAUGCUUAGUACCAGUUUGAAGUUCCUAUUCUUUAUCAUAAACAUAGGAUUUUUGCAAUGUUUGACGCAACUAGUUAGAAAUAUUGAAAAAGAGGACGUCGAGUUAAGCUGCUUUAAAGCAUAAUAUGAGAAAUCAAAUCAACCAACUUGAUCUAUUUUGGUCCGUCCCAUUCCGUAGCUUCUACAUUUCAACAUACACCCUAAAGGUGUUGAGAACAGCAGUAUUAAAAAUGCAGAGUUUAUCCGUGACUUAUAUAAUUUUCUUAUAUUUUUUCGCUGUAAUAAAUCAUCAUUUUCACAGUUUCUGUGCUCAUGCGGAUCAAUUAUCGCAACAUGAUUUUAAAAUAUCCACCAACAAUAUCACUGGCGCGGUAACUGAAACGCAACAUGCAACUUGCAAAAUCAGCACCGAAGAAUUGGUUGCAAAUGCACAGGCGACUGUUACGAGAGUGCUUACAGGGAUGUGCAGCGCAGAAACUGUAGAAAAGCGUUUCCAGCAAUUGGAAAGUUUACUGAAACGCGAAUUCGAUAAUAUAAACCACAAGCUGGACUACCUGGUUAUGAGGAAAAAAAAUGAGAUAUCAAAAACAUCUCAUUCCACUGCAAUUAUUGAUCCUAGGCACGAUGAAAUCGAAAGAUUAAACGGAACGAUACAUUACAUAAACAUGCCGUUAGGUACAGCAAGAGUAUUCGCCUACUUUUUGCGUAUUGACAAUUUCGUUGAAAAAACGUCUCGCUGGGAAUCUGGGAGGUUUGAACGCAGUUCUACCUUCACGGUUGGUCCUGGUGGGUACGCGAUGUACGUUAAAGUGACCCCAAGGGACGAACAAGGCGAUGUUACAUUCGUCAACAUUGGAGCUGGAGUAACUCGUGGACCAUUUGACUCGACACUUGAAUGGCCAUUUUCUCUGAAGCACCGAAUAGAGAUUUUGGAUCACUCAAUGGAAGCGGAUCGUCAAGAUUUAAGUUCCCGAAUAUCGGAUCCUUCGCUUUCGAGGAAUUCCCUUCCUUGGAGGCGGCCGAUGAUCCUGCAGGGUAUGAAUACCGACAACCCUGAAGGCGUUGGAAUUGGUUUUCCUCUGAGUUUUAUACUGCCAGACAACAACCAUGAACGAUAUUCACAAUCACACAUGGUACAGUUUCAAUUGCUUUCGCAUAAUCUGAGGUACCUUAAAAAGCAUGUCCAGAGUGAAAUUAUUGUGAAUCAGACUCAUUCCUUGGAAACUAGAGAAAAUUAUAUGGAUAUUAACUUGACUGAAAGGAUGGAAAAAAGUGUAGAGAAAAACGUUGCACAUCAUCAAGCAAUAAUAAAAUUAUCCGAGAAUUUGGAGUCGGUUUUUAGUUAUCAACUUCUGCUGCAGUUCGUUUGCAGUUUAUUGGCAAUCUGCGCCCUGCUAUGGCAAGUUUCUAGUAUGAGAAAUCGGCAGCCUAUGUAGUAUUUUCUAUGGCUCCUAUAUCUGAAACACAAUACUCCUCGACACAUUUACGGAAUCAUAUGGGUGGAGCAAUUUGUUGCGUACAAUUUAGUUAUGAUACACCUCUGCAUGAUUGAGAUAAGAACUUGUUAUCCAUGAGAUUGUGAUACAUUGGUCUCACAGAUUACCUAACUACUUUGCGAAAAGAAAUCUAUAACAAGCAUUUUAAUUUAUUAUUUAUCAUUUACUCUAUACCAAGGAUUUAUCAAUAAACAUUUACUGUUAUACACA